AUGGCUUUGCAGGAGCUCUACCCUCUCUUCAAGAAUAACAAGAAGCAGAGGCUUAGCAAGGACUUUGAUCUCUUCGCCCGAGAUCAUGCACCUCUGUACCAAAUGGACGAGUUGAAACGUCAGUUCUCUGUUGCAGAACAUGAACUCGACAAGGCGUUCGACAAAGCAAACGAGAAAAGAGUCGCUCCUUGGGACAGUGAACCAAUGAACCACAAGCUUAUUGCGGAGUUGGAGGAGCGCAAGAAGAUGGUCACCGAAGGCAACAAACUGGGGAAGAAAGCCCUUGAGACGCUCGAAGCGAUGAAGACAUACACCACCAUGAUCGACGAGGGACCGACGCGGAUCCGGAAGGAGAUUGCGGACUACAUCUUGAGCAUCCUGCCAGACGCCAAGGAUUUGCUUCUCAAAAUUGACUUGCAUAUUCAGGGCGAGAUGAAGCGAUUGAGAGUGCACAACACGGAGCUGAUUGGGCAGAAUGCGGUGUUGAAGUCUCAGGCAGAACAGGCAGGGAGCUCGAAGGAUGCUGAGAUCAUGGCCAUGUUGCAAAAGGUGCAAGGGAAUCUUGUCGUGAAGGCGGAGGAAGAAAAGGCCGAGUUCGAGAGAUUAAAGGAAGUGGAAGAAGAUUUCAUCCGGAGCAAGGACCGUUGGGACCACGCCAGACAAACUUUCGAUGAAAACGAGGAGCAGUUUCGAGUGGAUAUCGAGCAGGUGAAAGAGGAGCUCGAGAAUUGCACCGCGAGAAUAAAUCAGAUGGACCGACUGAGGCAGGAGGCUGACGAGGACAUCGAAGAGCUCGAGAACGCAAAGGAACAGCUUGGCGAAGAGUUGGCGAAGGAGAAGAAGAAGGCUUCGGACGAGAAGCAACAUGCCAGGGAACUUCAGGCAUCGCUUGGAGAGGAGCUGGAUGAGAAAGAACGCAAAGAUCGGCAGAUUCGACAACUCGAAGAGGAGGUGCAGCAGCUGUGCCAAAGCAAAGAUGAGCGAAUUCAACAACUCGAGAUGGAAAUGCAGGAGCUGGCUGAGACGAAAGACCAGAAGAUCCAACAAGUUGCGAUGGAAAAGCAGGAGCUGGCUCAGAUGAAAGACCAGAUUAUCCAACAAGUUGUGGUGGAAAAGCAGGAACUGGCUCUGAUGAAAGACCAGAUCAUCCAACAAGUUGCGAUAGAAAUGCAGGAGCUGGCUCAGACGAAAGACCGGAAGAUCCAACAACUCGAGAUGGAAAAGCAGGAGCUGGCUCAGACGAAAAACCAGCACAUUCAACAGCUCGAUAAGGAGAAGCAUGAGCUCCUGCAGAACGCCGUUUCAAAGGAUCGCCAGAUUUCGAAGCUCGAGAGAAAGGUGGAGAAAUCAGCAGCAGAUUUUGAGUUGGCGAAGGAUCGAUACCGCGAGUAUUAUGGGAUCUCGCAGGUGCAGGAGAGAGAGCAUCAGGGCCUUCUCACUUCGAAUGACAGGUUUGGUCACCUCUUGGAGCAUGUCACUAACGCUGCACACAGAAAAUCCAACCGAAUCGGCCGACUUCAUGGCGGGAACAUGCGACUGAAGAAGGCUGUAAUGGGGAAGAAUAAACAACUGCUCGAGAGAGAUGAGCGCAUCUCUCGCAUAAUGGCGCAAGGGAAUACUCUCGAACAGCAGAAGGCAACCUUGCUUGCAGAGAACGAAGAGUUGCAGAUCGACCGCGACUCGUGGAAGAAGGCUGCAGAGGACCUUGACAACGAGCAGACUUUCUGGUUCGAGGAAAAUGAACGACUGGGAAAGUCUGUCGACUCGUGGAAGAAGUAUGCAGAGAAUCUUGACGAGGAAAAGAGAACCUGGCAGCAAGAAAAGAUCACCCUUCAAACCGACAGCACAACAUGGAAGAAUGCAGCUGAUGCGCUUGGAGCAGAGAAGAUUGUGUGGAGUGAGAACAAGAUGGAGAUGGAGACCGAGACUUCUACGUUGUUGGAGACGCUGUUUCAAGCACAGGAGGCUUGGGAUGACGAGAAGGACGCCCUGAAGCUUCAAUUGGAGGGAUCAGGAAAUGUAGCCCUGGAGAAUUCCAACAACUGCACAAUCUUGGUGGCUCAAAAUGAUCUGCAGGCUGCCCAGCUUCAAGGACUCGAUGAGGAACUUCGAAAUGCGAUAGAAGAGAUGGAUACUGCGAAUCGAGAUCUCACUGCCAUGACCAAUGAGAAAAAUGAGGUGAAGCAAGCCCUCGUGGCCAUGACCACACAGAGAGACGAUACACAACGCGAUUUGGCUUCGAUGACAGAGGACAGAGACACUGCAAAGUUCGACCUUGACAGGAGAACCACAGAACGAGAUGAUGCACGACGCGGUCUGGAGUCCAUGGCCAAGGAGCGAGAUGAAGCAACUGUUGAUCUUAACGCUACAACCGUUGAACGAGAUGAAGCACGACGCGAUCUGGAGUCGGUGGCCAAUGAGCGAGAUGCAGCAACCACCAAACUCAGCAUCACAACCAUCGAACGAGAUGAUGCACAACGCGGUCUCGAGUCGGUAACAAAGGAGAGAGAUUCAGCAACUACCAAUCUCAACACCACAAUCAUUGAACGAGACAACUUACAGCGUAAUCUGGAGUUAGUGACGAAGGAGCGAGAUGCAGCAGCCACCAGCCUCGACACGAGAACUACCGAACGAGAUGAUGCACGCUGUGAUCUGGAUUCAAGGACGAAGGAGAGGGAUGCAAGCGCCAUUAACCUUAGCACGAGAACCAUCGAACGAGAUGAUGCACGCCGCGAUCUGGAUUCGGUGACGAAGGAGAGGGAUGCAACCGCCAUUAACCUUCACGCAAGAAUCACCGAGAGAGACAACGCACAGCGCAAUCUGGAAUCGAUUACAAAGGAGAGAGAUCAAUUCCACGAGGAGCUGCAAUUUGCCAUACAGUCGACUCAGCAACUGCAAGAGACCUUUGACGAACAGAAGAGUCAGUUGGAGGAGGCUAGAAAGGAACGUGAUACAUCGCAGGAGAAAUCAGUCAGGUACGGUGAUGCUUGGGUGAGAGCGAAAAAUGCAUACCACACACUGAGGAAGGACUUCGACGACAACCUGAAGGAAGGCCAGGCACUCGAAGAGGAACAUAGACUCUGUGCCACGAAGAUUGAUUCCGAGGUCCAUCAACAGCUUCAACAACGAUUCGACACUUUGAGCGAGGAGCAUUCUUCGUGCCAAGGACUUCAACAACGACUGGACAAGCUACGCCUCGAUCAUUCUGUAUGCCCUGAUGAGCAGUACUUUGGCAAGCUUAAGGAAAUGGAGUGGCAGCAUACUGCGGGUUUGUGGGUCGAGAGGUCUGGGCAUAAUUCUCUCCAGGAGCAGUUCGACGCCAUAAACCUGGAACAUUCGACUUGCCCCGACAAGGAGACCUUUGCAAAGUUAAUUUCUGACCACGAUUGUGGCUUGUGGGUUGAGAAGGCAGUCCACGAUUCACUCCAGGAGGAAUUCAAUGCCACGAAGCAAGAACAUUCUUCAUGCCUUGACGAGGAGACUAUUGCAGGAUUUCAGAAGUUGCAGGCUGAGCAUGACGAUUGUUUGUGGGUGGGAAAGACUGCACACGAUUCGCUUCAACAACGAUUUGACGCAAUGGACUCGGAACAUUCGACAUGCCCUGACAAGAUGGAGUUCAGCGAGUUGGAGCAGAUGAAGUUGUCCCACGGUGAGGGUCUUUGCGCUGCUCAAGCUACCCUAUCUGCUGCGGAAGAGGAGAAGGAGAGAUUGAGAGAUCUUUGCAACAACAAGGUGGAUCGAUCGGAGUUUGACGGUGUUAAGCAACAAGUCGACGCUUGGAAGAGCAAUCACGGCAUUGAGAAGUGUGUUGGCAAGGAGGUUUUCAAUGUCUUGAAUGAGAGAUUCAAGACAAUCUCGAAGGAACACGGACAAUGCCCAGGUGUUGACGAACUUCAGCGUCUUCGAACGGAGUCUCAGCACGAUAACUGCGUUGACCAGGCGACUUACGAUGGACUUGUGGCUCAUCAUCAGCAAUGCCUUACCGCUGAUGAGGUUCAGCAGCUUCGAGGAACAGCAACACAACAUGAGGAAUGCCUUACCGCUGAUGAGAUCCAGGAGCUUCGUGAGGAUGCGACUCAACACCGACAAUGCCCCACCGCCGAUGAGAUCCAGGAGCUUCGUGAGGAUGCGACUCAACAUCAACAAUGCCUCAGUGCUGAUGAAGUUCAUAUGCUCCAUGACUUCCAUUCCAACCACAGCAACUGUGUCGAUCGAGGCUCUUACGAUAUCGUGUUCAAUGCGCAUGGAGGAUGUGAGCAGCAGCUCGCACAGGCAGCAUCACUUCGGCAGGAGUACGAAUCCUUCAAGACUGCGCAUCAGGACUGCGAGGAUGUGGCAGCACAAUUGGGACAGCUUCAGGAGGAACAUCGUCGAUGUGGGGAGAGAUUGAGAUCUGGUACACCCGGUCAAGGACGCUCAGCCCAAUCUUCUCCAGGUAUUGGGACAAUGGGUGCUGGAGGCUUUCAAGUGCCUGGGACUCCUCGAUCUCAAAACCGGCGAAUCUCGAUUCCUCAAACACCAGUCAUAGGACCCGCUUCUGCGCACGGCAGUGGACAGUCUUCUCCGGCUUCUGGCACAUUCGCAUCGCCAGCGACUCCUGGAGGACGGAUUACAACAGGGAUGGGUUCAAUGGGUCUUGGUGGCAUUCAUGGCAAUUCUCCUGGUCAAUCUUCCUCAACAGCUGGUACAUUCGGUCCUCCUCUUCAACAGCUUGGGUCACGACCUUACACCUUCCUUAUCAGCGGGGAGCUCGCCAGUGGGCAAUGCACAUUGUCCGUCAAUCCCUCGGUUAUUCAGUUGAUGGACACGCAAAUCACUCGGUGGACCAGCAAGCCGGAGUACAUUGAUUGGUCGAAGCCAACGUCCGUCAGCCAUAAGCGAUGUUCCGACGCUCGAGUCUACAAGGUUGGAGUCAACAGAAACCCCCCUGCAUCCGAAAAUCCAAAUACGGCGUGCAAGGACUGUGUCAGGAAGCGGGUUCUCUGUACAUUGGUUGGAACGGGCGGUCCUGUUGUUGUGCCUUUGCCUAUAUCUGAGCGAUCUGCUAGUGCGACUCCUAUGAGUGGAGAGUAUUAUGUAAAGGAAAGGAAGAUUGUCAAUGCGCCACCGACGCUGGAGAUGGCGGGCGGUCGUUAUGCCAAUAACAUCACGUGA